AUGGCGACCAUUACUACGACCUUCACUGAGUCGAUUGCGACCGUCACUACGACGAUUGCGACCACCGUCACAAAAGCCAGUAGCUCUGCCAGCCCUACUUCUACAAAUCGUGCGACUCCUCAAGGUGGGAUUUUGGAAGGAGGCAACCCUACCGUUUUCAAUCCUCAAAAUCCCAUCAUUCUGUUCAUCAUUCAGAGCGCCAUGUAUACCUUUAUCAUAGGAUUAUACCUACAACAUGUUGAAUCUGAAGAAGAAACAGCGGGCAUCAUCAUUAUUUUCUGUCGUCUCCUUCAUUACCCUCUGUCCAAACUUCGACAGCCUCGAGUUAUUGCAGAAGUCAUAGGUGGAAUCAUUCUAGGUCCUUCAGUUAUGAUGCGCAUACCCGGGUUCCAAGAAGCUAUAUUUCCUGUUGCUUCUAUGCCAGUUUUGAACAUGGCCGCCAAUCUGGGACUGAUACUCUUCCUUUUCCUUGUGGGUCUGGAAGUUAACAUGCGACUCUUCCUUGGCAACUGGAGAGUGGCUCUAAGUGUAGGACUGGCUGGGAUGAUAUUGCCAUUUGGCUUGGGUUGCGCCAUUGCUUGGGGUAUAUAUAAUGAGUUUCGCAACGAUCCGGGAACUGUACCGAUCUCAUUUCCAGUCUACAUGCUUUUCAUUGGUACAGCCCUUGCGAUUACAGCUUUUCCUGUUUUGUGCAGAAUUCUUACUGAAUUAAAACUCCUGUCUACACCCGUUGGAGUUACAGUUCUUGCUGCUGGAGUUGGUAAUGAUGUGACAGGGUGGAUCCUUUUAGCCCUUUGCGUUGCACUGGUAAAUAACGGAUCAGGACUCGCAGCUUUAUGGGUGUUGCUUGUUUGUGUUGGCUGGUGUCUUUUCUUGGUGUUUGCUGUACGUCCUGUUUUUAGGUAUAUUCUUCGUCGCAAUGGAAGUCUCGAAAAUGGCCCCUCGCAGGGUAUGGUUGCUCUAACAAUCUUACUUGUUCUGACAUCCUCCUGGUUUACUGGCGUCAUUGGAGUCCACGCUAUCUUCGGAGCUUUCCUAGCUGGACUCAUAUGUCCCCACGAAGGUGGUUUUGCUAUUCAUAUCACAGAAAAGAUUGAAGAUCUCGUCGCAGUGCUUCUUCUUCCGCUUUAUUUUGCCUUGUCUGGUUUAAGCACCAAUCUUGGUCUACUCAAUGAUGGUGUUACAUGGGGUUAUGUUAUUGCGAUUGUUGUAGUUGCAUUUGCCGGGAAGAUUAUUGGAGGUACGCUUGCCGCAAAGGCUUGUAGGCUUGUUUGGCGCGAAAGUUUCAGCAUUGGAGUUUUGAUGAGUUGCAAAGGUCUUGUGGAAUUGAUUGUCCUUAACAUCGGUUUGCAAGCCAAGAUUUUAUCGACGAGGACUUUCACCAUGUUUGUCGUGAUGGCACUUAUCACAACUGUUGCCACAACACCAUUAACAAGCGCCUUAUACCCUCCUUGGUACCAGAAGAAGCUUGAUGCUUGGAAGAAGGGAGAAAUAGACUGGGAAGGGAACAGACUUCAUCCCGAGGGCGAAGAAUAUUCCCCAGACCGUUCGUUGGAAAAGUUGGAAUCCACUCAAGUCCGAAGACUGCUUGUCUAUCUUAGACUUGAUAGUCUUCCUAGCUUGUUCACUUUCAUUGCACUCUUGGGCGGAGACAAGACGAGUACGGUUACCAAAGUUCACAAGUCGAAAGCCGAGUUGGAAACGGUGAAUGAGGAUGGAACUCCUUCAUCAACGACUCCAUCUAAAAAGCAACCACUCGAGGUUCAUGGUGUUCGAAUGCUAGAACUUACCGAUCGUACAUCUUCAGUCAUGGCCGAAGUCGAUGAUUACACCUAUCGCGAUCCAGUCGUCAAUGCUUUCCGUACCUUUGCUCAAUUGAACAACGUCGCCGUCUCGGGUGGAGUUUCUGUCGUCCCUGAAUCAGAUUACGCCGAAGCUUUGACCACACAAGCGUCAGAUCAUUUCUCCGACCUAGUUCUCAUCCCUUGGACCGAACCGGGCAGCCUACCAUUCAAUGAAGCUCAGCAGGAUUCAUUUUCUAGUGGUCUCCAGGAUAUAUUUAUUCAGAAGACGCUUGAAAUUGCUAGUUGCAACGUUGCCAUUUUCAUCAAUCGCGGUUUCGGUGGACCAACUUUAAAACAGCCUCGCAAUCUCUCAGAAAGUGCUAGUCGACUCAGUCUUCGCAGUAGUAAUCGUGCAGAAAUCAUUGCUCCGGUCGCGGAUCGCAGUCACCAUGUUUACUUCCCAUUUUUCGGUGGUGCUGACGAUCGUGUCGCCCUUCGUUUCGUUCUUCAACUUGCACAGAACAGUAACAUCACAGCCACAAUUAUUCAUUUCAUCACUCCAAUCCACAAUCCUAAGAGUUCUGAAGUUGUGCAUGGCUCUCGUCCAGUCACUGCUAGUGGCUCUCAACACGGCGGUAGCUCCGGAUCGGGCUUGCGUAUCACUGAACGUGUCGAUACCGAGGAUCUUUACAAUGCAGUCGCCUCUGACACUGCCCUUUUACACACGUUACGGGACUCCUUACCUCAAGCUCUGACGAGUAGAGUGGUCUUUGUCGAUGUAAAGACCACAACGCCAUUAACCGAUUGUCUACAUCACGCAAAAGUUGAGAUGGGUCAAAGUCCUCGAAAUGCAGGGGAUUUGAUCGUUACAGGUAGAGGUAGAACUCCCAUAGUUAGGGCAUUGAUACAGGAAGAGGGCGCCAGUGGGGAGAGCGGAAAGGAAAUGAGGAAGACCGUUGGAGCUGUGGCGGAGACACUGAUCAGUAGUGGAGUUAGAGGGAGUGUUUUAGUCAUCCAAGCUGGAGGACGAGGUGUGGAUAGUUGA